UUGUUAAGUAAAUUUGUAAAGCGAAUGAUCAAAGAAUUUGCAAGAUGGGAACAAAUAAUUGCUGACUAUAAUAAUGCACCGGCAAACGGUAUCCGAGGAAAGGGACUUAAGCGGAAGUCGGUUUGUGUCAUUCAAGAUCAAAAUUUGCAACAAAUAUUUGCUGAAUUUGCUCAGCGAGCUAAUGACCCAAUUGGGUACCUACGUACUGUCUCCUAUCAUUUAGCAACACAGUAA